AUGCCGUUGGAAGUAUGCAAUUUGGAUAAGCCGUUUAGGAGAUAUCACGUUUGUACUGAAGACUGGUCCACAGCCGGCCGAACGCACUCGGCCGGACAGGAAGGGAAUUGGCUUCGCUCGGCCUUCUCCAGGACCGAUCCGGCCGCACGACCGCACCGUCCGACCCGGGAGGCAAUGGACCACGAUCGACCGAAUCAUCACAUCACGGCCGACCCCGACGGCCGACCACAUCCCUUGCACGGUCGACCCGAGCUCCGCGAACAAGAAGCCCACUUAUGCAGUUUGACAAUUCUCAGCCCGUUUCACCUCAACCGACUUGUGGAAGACCUAGGGCACUAUAAAUACUCUUUUUUAGCCUCUUUAGAGAGAGAGCCGCAUUAG